AUGGGAACCCAAGAGUUGGUGGUAGAAACCAUCUUCUUACCACAGAGUGUUCUUGGAAUCCUGGGAAACUUCUUCCUUCUCUCCCAAUAUCUCUACCUUGAGUAUAAGCUGAGACCUACAGAUGUGAUUGUCAAGAAUCUGAUUGUGGCCAAUUUGUUGGCAUUUAUUUCAGGUAGAAUUCGAGAUACACUGGAGUCUUUUGGAAGGCAGCAUAUAAGUGAUCUUGCCUACAGGUUGUUUCCCUACAUUCACAGGGUGGGCAGGGGUAUGUCCAUCAGCAUCACUUGCCUCCUGAGUGUCUUUCAGGCCAUCACCAUCAGUCAUGAUGAGGGCCAGGACAGUACUGGUGAGUCCUUGUUUACAUUCUUAUUGUUCUUCGUGGAUGCUGUGUUUCUGGGGCUCAUGCUCUGGGCCCAUAGCUUCAUGGUUUUCACUCUGUACAGGCACAAGCAGAGGGUCCAGCACCUUCACAGGAGCAGUCUCUCCUCCGGUUCCUCUCCCGAGUCCAGAGCUACCCAAACCAUCCUUCUCCUGGCCAGCACCUUCCUCUGCUUUUACACCUCUCUUCCACCUUGCAAAGUCUUCGGGUUCUUUUAA